UACGUAUGUACUCACGAAUUUUCUUUUAAUAAUUUCCUAGCUUUCUGUGGAUAAGCAGCAAUGGCUUUAUCAGAGGACUUAGAUAUCAAUGAGGAUGGUAUAAAGUUGUCAGGAUCUCAAAAGAGGAGGUUACGACGCAAGAAACUUCGGGAAGCUCUAAAUUCACAUUUAGAAAUAAGUUAUAAUAACAAACAAGUUAAACAACCAACUAACUUUGUUACCACAUUGUCUUCAAUACCUCCAGAACUUCUGGAAGGAGCAUUGUCAAACACCAGUCUGACUGGAAUAGGCAAUGUAAGUAGAGAUCUUGCAUACAUUUGUCAAGUCGAUAGUUUCAUUGCUAAUUUAGAGAACGAAAUGUCAUCUCAAGAUAUGAAUAACAAAUCUAGAGAAGAUAUAUUAGCUGCAAGAGAAGCAAAGAAAUUGAAUAAACAAAAGGCAAAGAAAAAAGAUGAAAAUCAACAAAAUAUUAAGAAAGAUGUUACCGAGACUGAAGAAAGUAAACAAAUGCUAAAAUUAAAUAAUGAAGCAAAAGGAGAUACUACAGAAACAUCUAAAACAGGUAAAUCUGAAAUAAAACCUGUAAAAAAAGAUCAUCAAGUGAUAGAAAUUUGUGCAAAACCAACACCAAAAAGUUUACCCAAAGGUAAAGAUGAAGUAGACAGAGCUGUAAAGGAAGAAAAAGCUAUCAAUUUGGAAAAAGCUAAGCUUUUAAAAGAUUCUACAAAAGAUAAAGAGAAUGUUACAAAAUGUGAGCUAAAUCUUAAAGAAAAUAAAUCGGAAACAAGUGAACAGUCUAAAGAACAAAUAAAAGCUGAAAGGGCUGCAAAAAAAGCUGCUAAACAAGCUAAAAAGAAAGGAGAUAAUGUAGACAAAGAUAUUAAUAAAAAUUGUUUAGUUACUCCAGUGCCCAUAAGUACAGAGACUGUUGAGGAAUUAAACUCAGUUAUAGACAAAAAUGUAGAAGAUGUAACAGUCAGAGAAGUUGUAGAAACAUUGAAAGGGAUUGUAAAUGUUGCUAAAGAGUUUCAAGCAGUCACAGACAGAGUCAAAGCAAUGGAAUUAAGUGCAAACAAGCCAGAAGAAAUUACAAAGAGUAAAGCAGAGUUACGAGCGGAGAGAAGGGCAAAGCAGGAGGCGCAGAGAGCUGCAAAGCAAGCACAGCAGAAGCCAGAGGAAAAACCGGCAGCCACUGAAGAAAAAGAAGUUAAAAAACAGAUAGUUCCUGCAAAAGUGAAGACUUUAGAAAAACCUAAAAUAAAACCUCAAACGAUGCACCGAGCCAACUGGUUCCAACAUUUGUAUACUGAACAUGAUAAAGAUGCUUUGAAGAAUAUUGCACUCAAUUCCAAUCUGCACCCGGCAGUGAUCAAGCUGGGUGUGCAGCUUGCCUCGCGAGUCGUCACCGGCUCCAACGCGAGGUGCAUCGCACUGUUAGAUGCACUUAAAAAGAUGAUAAGGGACUACUCGCUGCCCGCUAAGACGGAGGUGUCUCGCGGGCUGGAGGCGCAGCUGGCCGCCAGUCUGCGCUUCCUGUGGGCCAUGCGCAGCCCCGCCGCUAGCCAGACCAACGCCGUCAAACACCUGCGCCGACAGAUCAUGCAGCUGCCCAACCACUUCGACGAGUUUCAAGCUAAAAAGAGUCUGGAGGAAGAUAUCGACAGAUACAUAAGAGAACAGAUCGAGAUGGCGGGCGAGGCCAUCAGCAUCGCCGUGCGCAACAAGAUAUCUCAUGGAGACAAUAUUAUGACCUAUGGAUGCUCGUCGCUAAUCGAGCGUAUCUUAUGUGACGCGUGGGCGAGCGGCGUGCGGUUCCGCGCGGUGGUGGUGGGCGACCGCGUGCGGCGCGGCGCGCGCGAGAUGCUGCGCCGCCUCGCCGCCUGCGGCCUGCCCUGCUCCUACGCAGACAUCUCCGCAGUCAGCUACCUCAUGCGCAAUGUGAGCAAGGUGGUGCUGGGCGCGGGCGCGCUGCUGGCGAGCGGGAGCGUGCUGGGUCCGCUGGGCAGCGCGCAGGUGGCGCUGGCGGCGCGCGACCGCAACGUGCCCGUGCUCGUCGCCUGCGAGACGCACAAGUUCUCCGACCGCGUGCAGACUGACGCCUUCGUCUACAACGAGAUCGGUGAUCCCGAUGACUUGAUUGACAAUACAGAUGAGAGUUCUCCACUGAAGGACUGGAGAUCGAAUCCCAAUCUGACGUUGUUGAAUCUGACGUAUGACGUGACUCCGCCGAGCCUGGUGACGGCCGUCGUCACGGAGCUGGCGAUACUGCCCUGCACCAGUGCUCCUGUUGUCUUGAGGAUCAAACCUUCGGAGUACAGCACACUCGGUUAGAAAUAACCCACUGACAAAACUAAUAUAUCGUCGAUUAAAUUGAAAAAUUACAUCUUUCAAAAAAAUCGUAUUUUUUCUUUUCGGAAUAUUACAUUAUUAGUUACUAGAUGUUGCUUACGACUUCGUCUGCGUUAAAUUAAAAAAUAAUGAAGAGUACAGCCUAUUUUACUUACAGAUACACCGUUAACGGUGAAAGAAUUUUAAAAUAGGUCCAGUAGUUUUUGAGUUAUUUUAAUACAUACAAAUCUUAGUAUAGAUACAUAUUAUAUUAUUACUAAAAGGAACCUACUUUUAACAAUACUUUUAGCUUAAAUAAGUUUAGCGUGAAGCAUUAUAUCUUUAUCUAUAUCUAUAUAAAAAUAUUAACAGCAGGCUCUUUUUGGUAAUAAUCAACGAUAAUUUUGAAAAAAGUCGAAAAUGACUAGAAAAGUCUAUUUAAUCGACGAUUUAUUGCUUUCUCUGUUUUGUCAAUGAGAAUGAAAAGAGAUGACGCUUCAUUUAGCAUAUGUAUACUACCAUAAAUACAUGCUAUUACAAAUAGCUCGCGUAUAUAAAACCAAAAGUGUAUAUAAGUUUUAUAAAUGGAUACAUUUUUGUGCAGCUGACUUUACACGUCUGGGAAUUCUACCGUUUAUAUAGUUUUGUUUGUUAUAAAUAUUAUAAAUUGCAAAAGGUUGUGUAAAUUAAUUUAUGUAAUGUAUCUUCAGUGUUUAUUUGAAAAUGUAUUAAUGGUUUGUGACCAUUUUGUUUAUUUUUAAUACUCUGCAGCAGGAAUCUGUAGUUAAUGUUUCCAAUAAUUUAUUUUAUAG